AAUUGUUAACAGCCAAACACAAGAAUAAUAUAGCAUGGGAAACUCUCCAGGAAAACCAAGAAAAGCCCUGGAAAAGCCUCAAGAAGAAGAUCAUCCUGACUCUAGCUUCACUUGUGAGAUUUGCAUCGAACCCACAUUGCCAGGCAAGAAAUUCAACAACACCAACUUUUGUAAACACCCUUUUUGCCAAGAUUGCAUUGCCAGAUACAUUGAAGUCAAAAUCCAAGAUAACACAGCGAAAAUCGAAUGCCCCGAACCAAGUUGCCAACACCAUUUAGAUCCUCUCAUAUGCAGGCCGAUGAUUCCAGCAAGCCUGUUUUCAACAUGGUGUGAUCUUUUAUGCGAGAAUUGUCUUUUAGGGUCUGAAAGAAGCUAUUGCCCCAACAGGAAUUGCUUGGCUUUGGUGUUGAAUGAGUGCGGAGGGAAUGUGAAGAAAUCCCAAUGCCCCAACUGCAAACAACUCUUUUGUUUUCAGUGCCAAACCAAGUGGCAUGCUGGUUAUGAGUGUGAAGAAAGUGAGGAAAUAAGGGAUAGAAAUGAUGUUCUUUUCGGACAGCUUGUUGAGAGAAAGAAGUGGAUUAGAUGUCCGGGCUGUGGCCAGUGUGUUGAACGUCUUCUAGGUUGCUCUAUUGUUAAAUGCAGAUGCAAGACAGAGUUCUGCUACCAAUGUGGGAAAAUUUUAACAAGCAAUGGAUGUGGAUGCAAGAACAGUUUGGGAAAUAUGAUAAUGCAUGUCAAUUUGUAUCCUGUCAUGUAUGUAUUUGUGGUCUUCAUUUUUGUUGUUGUUUGGCUUAGUAUUCAUUCUAUUUCCUAA